GGGACGGCGGCGGGAAGAUGGCGGCCCCCAGGGACCAGCUUGGUGUUUUGGAGGCACAAGGGAGCAGUGGGAGACAGGGGAGCUGGGGAGUGAAGGUGGCGUUUCCCUCGGAUCCUGCCGCCCCUGCCCCGCUCUGCCCUCACGGACCCACUCUUCUGUUUGUAAAAGUGAUCCAAGGGAAGGAAGAAACGCGGAGAUUUUAUGCCUGCUCAGCCUGUAGAGACAGGAAAGAGUGUAAUUUUUUUCAGUGGGAAGAUGAAAAGUUGUCAGAGGCUAGACUUGCUGCCCGAGAAGCUCAUAACCGGAGAUGCCUGCCUCCCCUGUCCCGAGCGCAGUGCGUGGACAGGUACUUGAAGUUUAUUGAGCUGCCCUUGACUCAGAGGAAGUUUUGUCAAAGAUGUCAGCAGUUGCUGUUACCAGGUGACUGGGAGAAGCAUCGUGAGCAUGAGGUGCUGGGUGAUAUUGCGGUCUCCCAGUUAAAAAGGCCUAGUCAGCUCCUUUACCCACUGGAAAACAAGAAGACAAAUGCCCAGUAUCUGUUUGCUGAUAGGAGCUGUCAGUUCUUGGUUGACCUACUUUCUACCCUUGGAUUCAGGAGAGUGCUGUGUGUUGGAACACCAAGGUUACAUGAACUGAUCAGGUUGACAGCAUCAGGUGACAAGAAGUCCAACAUUAAAAGCCUUUUAUUGGAUAUUGAUUUUCGGUAUUCACAGUUCUAUUUGGAAGACAGCUUUUGUCAUUAUAACAUGUUUAAUCAUCAUUUCUUUGAUGGAAAGGCUGCCCUUGAAGUAUGCAGAGCGUUUUUACAGGAAGAUAAAGGAGAGGGAGUCAUCAUGGUGACAGAUCCUCCUUUUGGUGGCUUGGUUGAACCUCUGGCUGUUACAUUCAAGAAGUUAAUUGCUAUGUGGAAAGAAGGUCAAAGCCAAGGUGACAAAGAACUACCCAUUUUCUGGAUUUUCCCCUAUUUUUUUGAAUCCCGAAUUUGUCAGUUUUUCCCAAGCUUCUCCAUGCUGGAUUAUCAGGUAGACUAUGACAAUCAUGCACUCUAUAAACAUGGAAAGACAGGUCGAAAACAGUCUCCUGUUCGUAUUUUCACAAACAUCCCACCCAGCAAAAUAAUCCUCCCCACGGAGGAGGGGUACAGGUUUUGCCCUCUGUGUCAACGUUAUGUUUCUUCGGAGAAUCAACACUGUGAACACUGUAAUUCUUGCUCAUCCAAGGAUGGCAGGAAAUGGAACCAUUGCUUUCUCUGCAAAAAGUGUGUGAAGCCUUCCUGGACCCACUGCAGCACCUGCGACCACUGCACUGUUCCGGAUCAUUCCUGUGAGGGCCCUAAAGACGGCUGCUAUAUUUGUGGUGAAUUAGAUCACAAGCGCAGUAAUUGCCCUAAUAUCCCUGCGUCUAGGAGGGCUAACAAAGCUGUCAGAAAGCAGAAGCAAAGAAAAAGUAAUAAGAUGAAAAUGGAGACCACUAAAGGACAGUCCAUGAAUCAUACAUCUGUUACAACGAGAAAGAAAAGGCGGGAGAGAACCCAUCAAUAUCUUUGCUCUUAAAUGUCCAGUGACUUGAGAAUAAGGAAGAUUUAUAGUCCAACCUUUGACGCCAUUUUCUGAAAGUGCCACCCUGGACUUAUAUCCAGUCGCUUGCAAAGGUACACACCUUCUGAGCUGGAAAAUAGGCUGGUGGCACUUGCUGGGUUAGCACCUGCCCCUCGUCUGCCUGUCUGGAGACCUAGAGGGGGCUGCUCUGUCCUUGGCGGCUUUACCAGCUCCCUCUGCUUGCUCUUUUCAUUAAGUCUCUCAUAAUCAUUUUAUUUUAGCCUCUUUUAUCUGAAAAAUGGGCACACAGCAUUCUUUUGCAGAAUAUGUCAGAAGAAAAUGGAAGUGAUAACCUUGAAGUUUUGUUUAUAUUAAACAUAAAAUAUGUUAAUUUAGAUUUACAAACAUUUUAUGUUGAUUGUUAAAUCAUGAUUUAAAUCACACUGUAA